AUGUCUCUUGGGAGUGCUCAAAUGCCUAAGAAGAAGAGGAGUAGUAGCUCCUUGAAGAAGCCAUCACAACAAGCAGAGAAAUCUGCAAUAGAUGAAGCUAAACCAGUUCCAAUGCCUAAGAAGAAAAGCAGUAGUAGCUCCUUGAAGAAGCCAUCGAAACAAGUAGACAAACCUGCAAUGGAUGAAGCUAAACCAGUUCAAAUGCUUAAGAAGAAGAGCAGUCGUAGCUCCUCGAAGAAGCCAUCAAAACAAGUAGACAAACCUGCAGUAGAAGAAGCUAAACCAGUUCAAAAACCUGGGAAACUAGGGAAAGAGAUCGAUGACAUCUUUGGUGGGAGAAAGAAGAAGAAGCCAGAGCUCGAAAACACCAACAAGGAAGAGACCAAAAUUGAGAUAGCAAGGAAGAACAGGAAGAGGAAGAGGAAGGAGCGUGAAGGGCUCAACAAGAACCCGAGAACCCGAGUCAGGAAGAGAACCGAAGACGGUUUACCAGUGUACACUGAAGAUGAGCUUGGCUUCAACAAGGCUUAUGCUGGUGGUACUCCUCUUUGUCCCUUUGACUGCAGUUGCUGCUUUUAG